AGAUUUUUACAAAUGGGUAUAUGAUUUAAUAACAGCCCAUUUCUUUCUUUGUCACUCCAAUACAUUCUCCAGCCAAACUUACACAUCCGUCCUAGCCAGAGAGUUCCACUCCCUUCACUAUUCUUCUUUCAGACGCCAUUAACCAAGCUCCGGAUUUGAUACCUCUCUACCCUAAUUUUCUCCCGCCGGUUUUACUAUGACUAUAAUGGCGUUCUUCUAUAGCGGGUGAUUACAGGCCGCCGUUUGGGGUGGAGCUCAGGAAGGGCAUCAGGGGCCACGUGGCAGCCUUCUCAACGGCUAUUUGGAGUUUUGGACCGAUAGGUCCGGAUUUUAAUUUUUCUCUUUCUACCCUCUAUUUACACAACACCUAAAUCUACUCCAUCCGGCCAUUCCAUACUCAUUUUCCCUGUCAAAUUUAAAUUCUCUCCAUACUAGCUAUAAUUUUUCUUCCUACCCUCUAUUUGUUGCCAUGGCUUCUUCAUCAUCUUCCGACGAAGCCGAACAAAUUUUUUUUAGUCUGAUGGCGGAGGCAGCACUAAUACUUUUGGCAGAAGAAGAAAACACACAGACGUCAGAACCAAGAAGAAGACAUGCGCCUUUAAAUCAAGAUCGACAGGCUGCUCAUGAACAGUUGGUUUUCGACUACUUCGCGGAACACCCCGUCUACAACGAUGAACAGUUUAAGCAUCAGUUUCACGAAGGUCGCGCAAUAUGCGAGUACGACCCGAAUGACAUUGAUGAUGAUGUUGAGCCGGUUGAUGCGACACAACAAGAGUCAAAUAGGUGGGCGUUACAUAAUCUGGAUACGCAUCUCCACCUCCGCGCCAAUUUGAUAGAGCAUAUUUGGAAUUUCGAUCAUGAAAUUCAAGAGGACGAGUAGUUUUUAUAAGUCUAGUUUUUCUAUUGCACUUUUUUAACACUAUCAAGUCUGAUUUUUUUUAACGCACCUUUUUCUAUUACGCCCUAUCAAAUGUUCAAUUUAAGAUUUUUAGUUUAAGUUAAAAAAAAGUAUAUGAAAUGUUAUAAAAUUAAUAUUAAAAAAAUUAUGCUCUUUAAUUUAAAAAUAUUAAUAAGAUGUUUAAUUUUAGUUUUUUUUUAGUUUAAGUAAAAAAUUAAAUGAUAUAUUUUAAAAGUAAUUUAAAAAAUUAAAAAAAAGGAUGGGGGUGAGGAACUGAGGAUGCAGUGAAUAACUCUCCUGAAUGGGGAUGGAAAAAGGUUUAUUGAAGCUGAACUGGCAGAUGAAGAUGUUAGGGAUGCAGUGAUCCACACACUAAACAGGUACUUGAAGGAUGUCUUUGUUAAUCUCCGUCAAAGAUUACUUUGCAACACAAUAUUUAGUAUUCUUUGACAUAUGGGAAGGAGUUGGUGCAACCUCAAAUGCAAUAAGGAAAAACAGAGUUCUGGGUUUAAGCUCAGUGAAGAGGACAUGGAACUGAUCUAUAACUUUAUUGUUGACUUUUACCCUUCAUGUAUGUGGAACUUUUUGUUGACUUUUUUCCAUAUGUAUUCUCUCAAUUUUGUUCUUUUCGUGAGGUGUUCAAAUA